AUGGCUUCUUCUUUGUCUCCUUCAUCUGGUUCACCUUCUGUGUCUCGCACAUUGACAUACCAAGUCUUCUUGACCUUCCAUGGAGCCGACGUCCGCAAUAACCUUCUCACUCACAUUUUGAGGGAGUUUCAAAGAAAGGGAAUCACACCGUUCAUUGACAAUGAGAUAGAGAGAGGAGUCUCUAUUGGUCUCGAGCUCUUACGCGCUAUAAAACAUGCCAGGAUCACGGUUGUCAUAUUCUCGAGGAACUACGCUUCUUCAAGCUGGUGUCUAAACGAAUUGGUGGAGGUUAUGAAGUAUAAAGAUGAGUUGAAUCAAGAAGUAAUGACCAUUUAUCAUCAAGUGAAACCAGCAGAUGUGAGGCAUCAGAGGGGAGAAUUUGGGAAGGCCUUCGAAAAAACUUGUGCUGCGAAAUCAGAAGAGGUGAGGCGGCUAUGGAGAAAAGCUUUGACGGAAGCCGCAAAUAUAAAGGGGGACUGGGUGGAAUCUGAAAAAUGGACAAGUGAAACUAAUAUGGUCGCUACAAUUGCCAUAGAUGUGUUGCGUAAGCUGCAGUUAAGACAGCCUAGGGAUUUUGAUGACUACAUCGGCCUUCAAGUUCAUGUUACAAGCAUAUACUCGUUGUUAAACUUACAAACGAAUGAAUUUCAACUAAGUGCACAUUUAGGGGAUAUAAAGAGACGACAUUUGACUCUUCAUGAUGUGUAUGAUGCAAAGGACAAGAAGGUGCUCGUCGUUCUUGAUGAUGUGAAUGAGUUAUGGCAACUACAGGCGACCGUGCAUUAUCCUGGGUGGUUUGGUAGUGGAAGUCGGAUUAUCAUUACUAUUGAAGAUAGAAGAGUUUUGGAGAAACAUGGGAUCCAAGAUGAAGAUAUAUACAAGGUGAAUUAUCCACAUACUGAUGACGCUCUUCAGAUAUUCCGCAUGUAUGCCUUUGAUCANAAUUACCCAUAUCAUGGUUUUGAGGAUCUUGCUAAGGAAGCUACCGAGUUUGCGAGUGAUCUCCCUUUGGCACUACAGGUAAUGGGCUCCCAUUUCAAGAAAAUGUCCAAGGAGAUGUGGAGAAUGGAACUUGCAAAUCUAAAGAAGACUAGCCUUCACAAAGAUAUUUUGAACAUUUUGAAAUCCAGCUAUGAGGCCUUAAGUUUAGAAGAAAAAUAUUUAUUCAGUGACAUAGCUUGCUUUUUCAAUGGUCAAAUGAUAAAUAGAGUGGAAGAAGUUAUUGGAGAUGGCUUUAGUCGAAGGCUUAGAGUUUUAGAGGAGAAAUCUCUCAUAUAUACAUAUAACGGAAAGAUAGGAAUGCAUACAUUGCUAGCAAAACUGGACGCUCUAGCUAUUAGAGGCAUAAAUUUCAAUCUAUCUGAGAUCAAACACAAACUAGAAAUAGACGAGCAAGCUUUUGAAAUGAUGCUUAGUCUCGAAUACUUAAAAAUCUAUGACGAGAAGUUUGUUGCGCCAAAGCUGCAUUUACCACAAGGUCUCAAGUUUCUACCCUACAAAAUUAAAUUACUACACUGGGACAGCUUUCCCAUGAAAGUUAUGCCUUCUAAGUUUCAACCUGAGUUUCUUGUUAAACUUGUCAUGGUGGAUAGCAAACUUGAGAAAUUGUGGGAAGGAGAUCAGCGGCUUGGAAGUCUCAGGGAGAUCAACCUGUUGUACUCCAAGAACCUAAAAGAAAUCCCUAAUCUCUCCAAUGCCACAAGUCUAAAGCGAUUGAACCUAGGUUUUUGCACAAGUCUUGUGGAGAUCCCCUCAUGUAUUGGGAAUGCCACCAAUCUAGAGAUGAUUAACCUCGCUCUUUGUUCGAGUUUGGUGACGCUCCCCUCCUCUAUUGGGAAACUUGAUAAGUUAAAGAAAUUGGCAAUGGUGGAAUGCUCAAAUCUGGAGGCUUUUCCGACCAACAUAAACCUGAAUUCUCUUUCUGAUCUUACUUUUACCUCCUCAAAGUUGAAGAGGUUUCCAGAAAUUUCCACAAACAUUAGUAAAAUUAUUAUUUCUGCUACAGAGAUAGAAGAGGUUCCUUCGUCAGUCAUGUAUUUGUCCCUUCUUCGGAAGCUAGAUAUGAAUUCUUGCAAAAGUCUCAAGGAGUUCCCACCUGUUCCUAACAGCAUCGAAGAAUUGGAUUUGAGUUUUACAGAAAUAGAAGAAGUUCCUCCAUUUAUCCAGAAUCUCUCAUGUCUCACUACGCUAAAGAUGGUGGGAUGCAACAACCUAAAGGUACUACCAACCAACAUCAACUUAGAAUCUCUCUCUAGACUUGACCUCAACAAAUUCAAAGGAUUGCAAACGUUUCCAAAUAUUUCUAAAAGCAUUGAAUAUCUCAAUCUAAGUGAUACUGCUAUAGAAGAAGUGCCUUUAUCCAUCUGGUCUUGGUUUCGUCUUCUUGAACUGAGAAUGAAUGAUUGCAAAAGCCAUGAGGUGCUCCCACAUUUUCCUGAUAGUGUCCAAGAAUUUGAGUUGAGCUGCAAGGAACAAUUCCCUCAACUAUCACAACUUCACCUCAAUGGGUGCAAGAAUCUCGUAUCACUGCCCCAACUUCCGGAUUCUCUCUCUAUCCUUAAUGCAGCUAACUGCGAUUCGCUCGAAAGAAUACUAGGAUCUUUUGAACAUCCAAAGAUCAGUCUCAACUUUUCCAACUGUUUCAACCUAAGUCAAGAAGCUAGAGAACUCAUCGAGAUAUUGGAUUGCAAGUUUAAGCUUUUCCCUGAUGUGAGCUUCAUCGAGCUUGAGUUUGAUUUCAAGAUCACUGGUAAGUACUGGGGAAUACAAAGAUGUGGUGUACACAUGGAACACCCUGGUGUUUGUGAUGACCAAUGA